AAUUAAAAAUAAAACAAAAAACCCUCUCUCUCUCUCUCUCAAAUUCAAUUCCGCUGUUCCCACUUCUCUCUUUAUAAAUCUCCAAAUCAAAUGGAAUUUUAAACCCACUCUCAUUGAUAUACCCUCAAAACAGCAGUGCACAGAUCCUUCUCUUUCCCGAUUAAUAUGCUUUAGCUUUCCCUCUUUCCCCAUAUUUCUCCGAUUUAGGGUUUUCUCUUCUCCACAAUUUAUCUAUUGAAUUUGUGGAUACUGGGACUAUGCCGAAGACUAGAAGCCGAGGUGUUGACACCGAGGAAGCACUCCGUGCCGUGAAGCGCGAGCGGGUUAACGGAGACGUGGAGGACUCGGCGUUGGGUGACGAUGAUUCGGCCGCUGCGAGCCACUUGGAUCGCCGGGUACUUCGUUCCAAGUACCUGGCAGUCAUGAAUCUUAUUAACGAUGAGAGAGAGGAUAUAACGCGGGCAGACUCGGAUAAGUUCAGUACUAUCAUCGGUGAAGUAGAGAGGUUGCAUGAAUUAGUUCAGAAGCCAAGGGAGCAAGUUGCCGAUGCUGAGGCACUAUUGGGCAUUGCUAAUACUUUGGCAAGUUCUGUUAAGUCACAUUCCAAUGAGGGAAUUACACCUGCAGAGUUUGUUAACUGUUUUCUCAACGAAUAUGGUCAAUCCAGCAGGGGAGUUUCCUCCCAAGAGAAUGCUAAGAUUAUGGUACGCUGGAAAGAUAUUGGAGUUGCUGUUGCACCUAUUUUUAGCAAGGCUCAUGGAUGUAGCACCAUGACUGGACCUAUGAAUACUGAAUUGAAGCAACGGAAGACGGUGGUUCAUAGAAAGUGUUCAAAGCCAGCUGAAACUGCUCAUCCUGAAGAGGUUGAUGAUACUGGGGGAGAAGGAAAGACAGAUACUGACAAGAAUAUGUCAACAAUGUUUGAGAUAUUAAGGAAGAAGAAGCGUGUUAGACUUGAAAGCUUGAUAUUGAAUAGGAAGUCCUUCGCGCAGACAAUAGAAAAUUUAUUUGCUCUGUCCUUCCUAGUCAAAGAUGGGCGAGCUGAAAUAACUGUGCAGCAAAAUGGUUCUCAUCUUGUUUCUCCAAGGAAUGCUCCUGCUGCCAAUUCUGUUAUGUCAGGGGAGGUUACUUACGGUCAUUUUGUGUUCAGAUAUGAUUUCAGGGAUUGGAAGCUAAUGAUGGACGCUGUAUCAGUUGGUGAGGAGCUCAUGCCACACAGGAAUAACACAAACUUGGCAGCUGCUUCUCAGGUGGAGCCAGCAGUCGACAAUUCCCAAGCAGGUUUACCCACAACGCCAAUAAGGAAACUGACGAGAAACCGUGGCCUUGUAGUGCAGGAAGAAUCCAUCGUAGAGGAAUCACCUGACAACAAAGACGGUGUUCCCAAGAGAGCCAAUGCAAUCCGUAGGUGUAAGCCUAAUAAGCUUACCUAAAGGCUAGGGUAGGGUUGCUAGAAAUACACAUCAUGGAUCUCUCUCUUCCCUCCCCUCAAAGAUGCAGGUUUUGUCCUCUUUUUGUUCAGUCACCUGCAAUUUUUUUGCGUCCUGCAAUGUAUAUAUAGCUAGGUUCAAUGGCCGUUCUUAUCUCUUAGAUUGUGUGUAUUCCUCUAGGUCAGUUUCAAUAUUUUAACACCUUUUUUUUUUUUUUUUGGGUUUAUUUUUGCCACACCUCUUGUGGUCCACACCAUGGAAGCAUGCAUAGUUUUUUCCC